AUGCCCCUGCACAAGUUCCCGGUCCACCUCUGGAAGCAGUUACGGCUUCAGGAGGGCAUCUACUCUCGCCUCCCCAAGCACUACCUGCGCUCCCUAGAGGAGACACCCACACCCACUCCGGUCCACUACCGGCCCCACGGGGUCAAAUUCAAGAUCAACCCCAAGAACGGGCAGCGAGAGCGUGUGGAAGAUGUACCCAUACCUCUCUACCAUCCCCCAGAGUCCCAGCUGGGGCUGUGGGGUGGCGAAGGCUGGAUUCUGGGCCACAGAUACACCAGUGACCACAAGCGUUCCAAGAGGGUGAAGAAGAUCUGGAAGCCACAGUUGUUCCAGCGAGAGCUGUACAGUGAGAUCCUAGACAAGAAAUUCUCUGUGACCGUGACCAUGAGGACACUGGACCUCAUUGACCAGGCCUAUGGGUUUGACUUCUACAUCCUAAAGACUCCAAAACAGGACCUGUGCUCCAAGUUCGGGAUGGACCUAAAGCGAGGGAUGCUCCUGCGCCUAGCCCGGCAGGACCCGCAGCUGCACCCAGAUGACCCAGCCCUGAGGACAGCCAUCUAUGACAAGUACAAGGAUUUUGUUAUCCCUGAGGAAGAGGCAGAGUGGGUGGGCCUGACACUGGAGGAGGCGGUGGAGAAGCAGAGGCUCCUGGAGGUGAAGGACCCCAUCCCCCUGUUCAAGGUCUACAUGGCUGAGCUAGUGGAGCAGCUGCAGCAUCAGGCACUUUCUGAGCCAGCAGUGCUGCAGAAGGCUGGCGAGAAGUAG